GUGCAGCCGAGGGGGAGGCGGGAAAUUUCCUCGCCGAGGCAGCUUGGAGAUCGCUUCGACCAGGAUCCCAGGGCCGGCAGGCACCGCGCGCGCGUCCUUGGACCAGUGACUGUCCCCCUCGGAGCAGCGGUUAACCGGGAGGCUUCCGAGGCGGUGUGAUGGGCUCUGAGACCGUGUCCAGUCGGCUGCAGAACCAGAUGGCAGCCUUGGGCUCAACUAUGGCCAUGAGAGUAGAUGGGCAGUACUGAAGACCCAACCUGGCGACAGCUGCUUCAGGAGGAUUCCAGCCCCCUAGGAUCCCUCUGAUGCCCACAGGAUGGGAGCCUGGGCACCGCGGGCCUGGCCAUGAGGGACUGCUGCUCCUCCCAGCAAAAGGCUAGCCCUGAACCCCCAAGGCUCACCCCUAACCAAAGCCCAGGCAUGGACUCUAGCAGCCCCAGUGGGACUGGGGAAAGAGCCUCCUGUUCUGAGGGCCCUUCUGGGAGCUUAGCCUGCUCCUCUCCCACCUGCAUUCCUCCCCCAGGGGCAGCCACCAAAAUAGUGAGAGCACAUGGCACCUUGAUCUCAGGGACCUCAGAAAUCCCCUUGUCUGGGAAGCCAGAGUCUGUGUCCUCAGUGAAAGCUGCUUCCAUAGCCUCAGAGAACAGAAAUCCCAUAUUCUCAGAAAAGAUGGAUUCCAAGUCUUUACAACAGGGGGAUUCCACUUCCAAAGAAAAGGAAGAGGCUGGAUCCUUGAGGAAGGAAGACCCCAUGUUGACAGGAAAAGUGGAGUCUGCAAUCUGUGGAAAGGGGGACCCUGUGGCUUUUGGAAGGAUGGACCCCAUGAUUCCAAGGAAUGAGGAUACUGGGUCUUUGGGAGGUAUAGACCUAGUGUGCUCCAGCAAGGUGGAUACAGUGUCCCCAAGGAAGGAGGAGCCUGAAUCUUUGAGGAAGGUACAGCCUGUGUCCUCAGGCAAAGUGGAUCUUGUGUCCCCAAGAAAGGAGCCAGAAUAUUCUGGAAAAGAGCAUCCUGUGGACUCUGUAUCCACAGGAACAGUUGAUCGUGUGUCCUUGGGCAAGAAGGAUGUUGAGCCUCAAGAAAAGGUGGGUCCUGCAACUUUAGAGGGCGCAGAUUCCACAGCCACCAAAAAGACAGACCCCAGACCCUUGGAAAAGCUAACUCCAGGGUCAUCCAGCAAGAUGGAGCCUGUAUCCUUAGGAACAGUGGAUCCUGGGUCCUCCGGAAGUAUGAAUCACACACACUUGGGAAUGGCAGAUUUCUCAUCUAUGGGAAAUGCGGGAACUGUAUCCUCUGCAGAAAAGGACCUUCAGUUUCUUAGAAAGAUGGACCCUGCCACCUCUGGAGAGGGCUGUCUCGUGUCUGGGAGCAUGACAAAAACAGUGUCUUCUAGACAGGCGGAUUGUGUCUCUUUGGUAAAGAUGGAUUCCACAUCUGUAAAAAGUAUAGAACCUUCCGGCAGGGUGGACCCAGUUCCUUUGGGAAAGGUGGUUCCCAUGUCCUCAGGAAAACCAGAGCAUUUGUCUCCUGGACAGACAGAACAUGUGUCUGUGGGAAAGGCAGAAACCACAUUCUCGGGAAAAGAGGAUCCGAUGUCCUCUAAGAGGGUGGAUCCCUUGGCUACUACAGAAAACAUAAAAACAUCAACUGAAAAAGCGAGUCCUGAGUCUUUAGGAAAGACAGCCCCCAUGUCCUCAAGUCCAAAGGACCCCAGGUCUCUGGAGACUUUGGGAUCCCUGUCAGCAGAAAAAGUUGAGGCAGUAGCUGAGGGGACAGGAGACCCACAGCCCUUGGAGAAGACAGGUCCCACAGCCUCAGAGAAGGUUGGUCCCCUGGCCUCAAACAAAGCAGACUCUUCAACCAGGGAAAAGGCAGAAACUGUCCCCUUUGGAGAAGUGGACUCCAUAGCUACAGGAAAGGUAGCUCCCAUAAUUUCAGGAAAAACAGUUUUGGUUUCCCCGGGGAAGGUGGAUCUUAUGGCCUCGGGAAAGGCAGAAGGCAUUCCAGAGGUAAAAGUGGAUCCCCUGUCUCCGGAGAAGGGGAAUCCUGUGAACUCCACAAAAGUGGAGACCAGAGACUCAAAGAGUGCCCACCUCAAGUCUGGGGGCAAGGCAGAAACCCAGCUCCCCGGGCACGAGGAUGACGCGUCCUUGGGAAAAGGGAAGGUGCUGUCUUUGCAGAAGGAGCAGCCACAGGUGACUGCCGAGAAGGUGGAUGCUGCGUGCUCAGGAAAAGCCGACCCCACUGCAUCCGUGUCCCUGGGGAAGGCCGGCUCUGCAACAUCUCCGAGGAACACAGAGACCCCGAGUCUGGAGCAGGCCAAGCCCACCUGCAGGCAAUCAGAUGGUAAAGCCCGCAGCGCAGGCCAGUCUCCCGGGGAUGCCAGGGGCGGCGGCAGCAGCAGCAGCAGCAGCAGCAGCAGCGAGGCCCUUAAGGAGUCGUCCACCAGCCCCGCGGCCUCUAGCGACCAGAGGGACCUAGCGGCCACUGUCGCCGAUAAGAGCCCACUCGUGGAAGUCGCAGCGCCCCCACCGGGGCCGCGGACUCGCGACAACUUCACCAAGGCGCCGUCGUGGGACGCGAGCGCGCCGCCCCCGCGCGAGGACGCGGGCACGCAGGCGGGCGCGGAGGCCUGCGUCUCGGUGGCCGUGAGCCCCAUGUCACCGCAGGACGGCGCGGGCGGCCCGGCCUUCAGCUUCCAGGCGGCUCCGCGGGCGCCCAGCCCCGCGCCCCGGCCACCCUCGCGCAGGGACGCGGGCCUGCAGGUGUCGCUGGGCGCCGCGGAGACGCGCACCGUGGCCACGGGGCCCAUGACGCCGCAGGCCGCCGCGCCACCCGCCGUGCCACCCGCCUUCCCCGAGGUGCGCGUGCGACCCGGCUCGGCCCUGGAGGCCGCCUUGGCACCCCAAGAGGCGGCCGAACCCGUGCGCGACGUGAGCUGGGACGAGAAGGGCAUGACGUGGGAGGUGUACGGUGCCGCCAUGGAGGUGGAGGUGCUUGGCAUGGCCAUCCAGAAGCAUCUGGAGCGACAGAUCGAGGAGCACGGUCGCCAAGGGCCACCCGCGCCGCCCCCCGCCGCCGCAGCCGCCGCUGCCGCUGCCCGUGCGGGUCCUGGCCGCGCGGGGUCGGUGCGCACCGCGCCCCCCGAGGGCGCUGCCAAGCGUCCUCCGGGUCUCUUCCGGGCGCUGCUGCAAAGUGUGCGCAGGCCGCGGUGCUGCUCGCGGGCGGGACCCACGGCCGAGUGAUCUGUGUGCCCGUUUCUUUGUUUUUGUAAGCCCGGGUAUCCAACCUUCUCAGGCUCCCUUCUUGAUGCCAGACUACCCCCCUCCCCGCCAAAAAUAAUAAUAAAGGGAUCCACUAGGCGUGCGACAGAGAGGUGGGCAGCCUCUAGGGGCUUCUUAUCUCCUUUCCAAACCCUCCCUUCCCAAACACACAAAUGACCCCACCACCACCACCACUCAGUCCCCCCUACUGGCCAUGAGCCUACACACACCCAUCCCUGACACCCCCUUGCCCCUGCCAUGUGUCCUCACAGUCCUUAGCUCCACGAUCUAGGGUCACACUGGGCCAGCCCAGGGAUCUGCCCUCCCUCUCCAGCCCCACCUCUUCCCUAGAGCUGAGGCAGACUCCUGAGAUGGCCAGAUUGGUGCUUUGAGACCCCCCCGGUGGGACCAGGUUCCCCAGAGCUGGGAAAGACUGCAUGCAGAUCUCUACGUGGUCCUUCGCAUGGACCAAGAUUGGUGUUUGAGAACCCCCACCCCCACCCCCUCCUCCCGUUCCCCGGAAGCAGGCUGUGAAUGGCCCUGCCAGCCAAGGAGUCUACGAACAGUGAGCUGUGAGUGGUCUCCUCGUGGCAGGCUUUCUUGCAUGUUGUUGGUGGUCCUUCCCUCCUUCCUGUCUCCCCUUACCUGGCCUACUGCCCAAGCCCUAUUUCCUCUCCCGUAGGGUUAUUAUUCACAGUGUCCAUAGAGGCCAAAGGUUAGGAGUGCCCCCCCCCCCACCCCGGGUUUCAGCUGAUGAGGAGAAUCACAGAAAAAUCAGAGGGUCUCAGACAGGACUGGAAAUCACAGUCAGGCUAUGGAAGGUCUCUGGCCCCUGGCUGACUGAGUGACAGUAUUGGGGACAAGAUGGAGAACUCAUUAGAUCCACAGUUAUCCUUUAAAGCCCUCCACCCUUCGGCCUUUUGUUCCCCCUGUGCUGUGAACCCCUAUAAGUCCCUUGUAACCACUCAGUGCCCUGAUCCCUGUCCCUAUAGCCACAGUUUUGGGCUACAAACUGUCACAGUAUACAUUGGUAAUAAAACCUUUCCCCAA